AAGCAGUAUUUAUUUAACAAAGCUGAUUAUUUUCUUAUGACAGUUAGUUGUUUAUUUUAGACCUGUCACUACUCCAGCUGUGAUAUAGCAACUAGAUUUAAAUGCCAUCCCUGUCCUUUAAUUCCUCAUCAUUAGGGAUAUACCCUAGGAAGAGGGCAUGCUUAUGUGUGUGCAAACACAGACACCCAAUGGAAUGAAUGAUGUAGUGCAGCCCCAGAGUUAUUUAUUUUAAUAUGUCAGAUGUUUCUGACCUGGGACAGGUCCUGAUGAAGGGCGGGGAGUGUAAGACACAUACAAAGGCUUUGCUUGCCGACAUGGUGUGCUUGGGGCUCACUUCGCAUCAUUCUCAGGCUAUGACAUCCCCAAACUCCCAAAGAAAAGUCCCGUGUAUAAUUUCAUACGGUUGUCAUCCCAUAUUUAGAAAUGACUAAACUUGUUCAGUGCCAGGAGAAUGCAUUCCUUUAAUUGCCCUCUUCUGACUAACUUUAUUGUAGUUAACCUUUCAGUGGACUACCUGAUCUGUCCACUCCACUCCACCCCAUGCAUACACAGGAAGUGCCUGCCUCCAGCCGUCUUCUCAGCCCACCUUUCCUGCUUCCAAGCUCCUCUCAGACAGCCUAUCAUUUAUCUGCACCUCUACAAGCUCUGAUUAGUGUGACCCUGCCAUUCAGGCUGAAUUUCUGAAUGGGCAUUUGUAAUAUGCAUUGUUUCCAGGUGAAAAUGAUCUAAUUGCAUGGCGUGUUUGUGAUCCUGACUGGCCUGAGAUGAAGCUAUUUGGCCUGAAUCUCUUAGGCAGAUCAUAAAAUAUGGUCUAGAGUGCAUAAACAUUUGUCUAACAACCUUUCACUUUUUAUAACUCAAACCAAGGUUCAGACCAGUUAGUCUUGUGGGUUACCUACUCUUCAAACGUGGGAGCCUAAAGUUAGCCAUCUACAUCAAUAUGUUCAUACCUAAAUACUGUACCUGUUUUAGGCACAUAAUACAGACUUGGCAUGUAGGUACCGAACAUUCUAAAACAUCUCUGUUUAAUUGAAAACAAAAUACCUGCAAAAUUUCCUUCCAUAUAUCUGACCUGAAGCUUAGAACAAUCAAACUGGAGAGCAUGCCAAAAUAAUCCAUCCCAGGUUGUGUGCAGAUGCACAGUAUGUUGGGAAAAUUAGAUGUCAGGGUUAUACUUGAAUCAAGAUAGACCACCUGUAAAGCUGUGGCAUCUGAACCUUACUGAGUAUUAAUAUAUUCAGGAUUGUCUCCCAGCAGCUUGGGACACAGGGCACCCAUCCUGAUUCUGAUUGAAUGCUCUUUCCAGUGCUGCUUCCUUGAUUUUGAUGAUACUGUAUUUAUUUGCAACCCCAUAGAAACAUCGUUUGGAGAUCAUGGGAUGUGGUAGCUCCACAAAUGCCUACUACUUCCUGCGGAAAUCGGAAAAAGCCUUCAAGGCCGCUGUCCUGAUCCAGAGAUGGUAUCGACGCUAUGUUGCCCGGCUAGAGAUGCGCCGAAGGUGCACGUGGAGGAUUUUCCAAUCCAUAGAGUACUCCUGUGAGCAGGAUCAGAUCAAGCUUCACAACUUCUUCAGCUACCUUAUGGACCACUUCACACCAAGCAGCAGCAAAGAGAGGGACUUCAUUAGCCGCAUGUUGACGGAGGAGGAAAGCUACAAAGACACAGAGCUGGAAAAACUCUGCGACUAUGAAUCUGUAGAGGUGCCAGAUUCCUACACUGGACCCCAUCUCUCCUUCCCACUGCUGCCUGAUCAUGCAACUGCCUUACUAGAAGCUUUCAAACAGAAACAUCAGCUCCACGCUCAUUAUGUCUUAAAACUCCUGCACGAGACCAGGAGACAUCUCAUUCAGCUGCCAAACAUCAAUCAUGUCUCCACCUGCUACAGCGAGGAGAUCACCGUCUGCGGAGACUUGCAUGGCCGGCUGGAUGACUUGUUUCUGAUAUUUUACAAGAACGGCCUUCCCUCCCCGGAGAAGUCCUAUGUGUUCAACGGGGAUUUUGUGGACCGAGGCAAACAGUCCAUUGAGAUCUUGAUCAUUCUCUUUGCCUUUCUCUUGGUGUACCCGAAGGAGGUUCAUCUGAACCGCGGAAACCACGAGGACCACAUGGUCAACUUACGCUAUGGUUUCACCAAGGAGGUCAUGCAAAAAUACAAGGUGCAUGGGAAGAAAAUUCUGAAGAUGCUCCAGAAUGUUUUUUGCUGGCUGCCACUGGCCACCUUAAUCGAUCAGAAAGUCUUGAUUCUACACGGCGGGGUGUCUGACAUGACUGACCUGGAGCUGCUGGCCAAAAUCCAAAGGCACAAGUUUGUUUCCGUGUUAAGGGGCAAAAAGAGAAAAGAGAAGAGUAGACACGUGGACUCCAAAGCGAUAAACGGUGAGAGUCCUGUGGGUGUCAAUCCUCCGAGGAGCAGUUCGUUCCCUGGCUCAUGCCUCCAGCCUGGGCUAGCAAGCACUGCUAGCACGGCCAGCAGGACGGAGCUCUCCCAAUGGGUCCGGCAGACGGUCCAAGAGGAGCUGGAGAAGUGCCGCAGGCAGGUGGGGUUCUGUGAGAAUCCGGGAGACAAGGAGCUCACCUGCGCCAGCUCUGUUACCGUGACCGAGUCAGAGCUGGAGUCCUGUGAAACAAGCGAGUCGAGCCAAGAAGAGUGGAAGCAGAUUGUAGAUAUAUUGUGGAGUGAUCCCAUGCCUCAGGAGGGCUGUAAAAUGAAUAUGGUGCGAGGAGGCGGUUGCUACUUUGGGCCGGAUGUGACGGAGAAGAUUCUCCAGAAGCACAGUCUGCAGUUCCUGAUCCGCUCUCAUGAGUGCAAGCAGGAAGGCUACGAGUUCUGCCACAAUCGAAAGGUACUGACCAUAUUUUCUGCUUCAAACUAUUAUGAGAUUGGCAGUAACAGAGGAGCCUAUGUGAAACUGGGGCCAGAUCUGAUCCCUCAUUUUGUGCAGUAUCAAGCUAACAAGACAGCCCAUACGUUAACUAUGAGACAAAGGAUCAGCAGAGUGGAGGAGUCAGCCUUCCGCGCGCUCAGGGAGAAGCUCUUUGCUCACACAUCGGACCUCAUCUGUGCAUUUAAGGGCUACGACCAGGAUGAAACUGGUACCAUUACACUGAGUGACUGGGCAACUGCGGUGGAGUCAGUCUUGAAUUUAGGACUGCCCUGGAGGAUGUUGAGGCCACAGCUGGUGCGCAGCACUGCCGGGGGCCUGCUGGAGUACAAAUCCUGGCUGGAUGACUUAGCUGUGGAGCAACGGAGCAAAGAGCACAUACAGUCAAGCUUGCUAGAAACCAUUUAUCGAAACAGAUCCAACCUGGAGACCAUCUUCAGGAUCAUAGAUAGCGAUCAUUCAGGGCUCAUUUCAUUUGAGGAAUUCCACCAGACCUGGAAGCUGUUCAGCUCCCACAUGAACAUUGAGCUCACAGAUGACGGCAUCAGUGACCUGGCCCGCAGCAUAGAUUUCAACAAGGAUGGAAACAUAGACUUCAACGAGUUCCUCGAGGCCUUCCGCCUCAUUGAACACACUCACUGUGACGAUAAAGCAGCAGCGAUGGCUGUUAGUGGCUGCCCCAAUAGCUAAGGAGUCUGAAAUGCCUUUAGACUGUCUCCCAAGCUGCAGCAAUCCUUCACAAACGAAGGACAUGCCAGCAGCUCUGCCAACUUGUGGGGAAGUAGAACUGAGUUACAUCUUACACAUCUCAGCGUUGGCAGCAGUUACUGCCCCUGUUCCAUUUUUUGGUAUAAUUGGCCAAAUAGGUAAGUUGUACUUUCAAAGGAAAUGGAGGGGAUUUGUUGAUCAAUAGUGGGGUUUUCUAACACUCUGCAAGGGUAUAGUGUAGCCUGUUACAGAAAUGUCAGUAAAUGGGGGUAAACUAUCAUUAAAGUUUGUGAAGUGAAAUUAUUAGGAAUAUCUACAAUAGCUGAAGUUGUUAAAGUAUCUAAUGAAGUACAAACCUAAGAACAGGGUGCAGGAGCUUUGUUUUUUAAAGCCCAGAAGCAACCAUUAAUGAUGAGCUAGAGUCUGAUUUAUACAAGUCAGGCCAUCAUGUGAAGUUUUAACUUCUGCAUGAUGCCCCCCCCCUCUCUUUUUUUAAAUCCAGUCUUGCUUUAAAGACGUCAAGUGAUGGAGAAUCUGCCACAGCCCUAGGAUAAGACACUCCAGUUGUUAAUCACCUUUCUAGUCUGACUUGGUUUAGCUUUAGCUAGUAGAUCUCUUUCUGCUAGAAAGAGUUAAAGUAUCUAUCUUGUAAGUUUAAGAGCUGCUAUACAGGGUCAGGUAAUUGACCCAUCACCACUACCUAGUGCUGCAGCGGAAAGUGAAAACUUUCACAUAACAGUACUUACACUACAUUGUUCAAAUUUUUUUGCUGUUACAGUUGGGACAAAUCAAGGGCUAGAUUCACCCAAUCUUCACAAAUGUAGUACCUCAGUAGGAUUUGCUGAAUAAUGGAGGCAAUAUUUGACCCUGAAUUUGCAGAGUGUAAUGGUAUUUACCAAGGAACUUUCACCUUGUUUGGGAACCCAAGAAAGACAUCUGUCAGGUUUGAGUCAUUUCUUAUUAUAAAAAAUUACUUCAAAUGCUGUAUCUAGAGUAAUGCAAAUAUAAUGCAGGGGAAGAAGUCAAGCAAACUUAAUUUCUUUACAGUAUGAUGCUUGGGAGAUUUUUUUUCUAGCACAAGUCUGCUGUAUUUCUGGAUUUGUUAGUCACAAGUGCCUUUUUACAAUAUUUGACAAAUCUCCAAGUAACUAUCUUUCCAAAGAAUGAACAAUGCUGUAUGUAACUUAUUACAAAUAAAAAGGCAACAAGAUA